AUGAUGCAAACUAAUGAGUUAUCCUAACUAAAUGAAUGAUAAAUAUAUGUUAAGGAGAGACAAAAUAUAGACAUAUCAGGAAUCCACAUGCAAUUUGCAGUUCUCGCGAUAGUUUUAGCCGCUGCAAUAAUGGUGGAAGAAGCUACAAGCCUUUUUAUUUGCAACCUUCACACAAACAAUUUGGCGAAAUGCCGUCCAGCCGCCACUGGAAACAACCCUCCACCUCCGGGACGGAACUGCUGCGCGGUGAUCAAAGCCGCUAAUCUACAAUGCCUCUGCCCGUCCAAGCCUUUUGUCUCUAGAUACGGGUUUGAUCCAUCUAAGGCCAGGCCUCUUCUAGACAAGUGUGGUAUAAACACUCCUCCCUCCUGUUUCUAAGGUGAGAAAUCAAAGUAACCGUAAGAUUUUGCUGUUCUUUCGGUAAAGACAGAGAUGUCUUCGUUUGUUUUGUUGUACCUUGUGUAACACGCAGCUUGAAGAACUGAGUUGAAGACAGGCCGGUAUGGCGCAUACGUUGACUCGACCUGAAGUCAUGUCUUUUAGUGUUGUUAUUCGAAUAAAUCACCACUUUGCAAUGA